UAGCGAGACUGCAUUUUAUUCGUAUUUGAUUUAUGUUGGUUGUUGAUGUACCAACUCCAAUUUUUUUUCGUUUUCCUUUUUGGCUCAAUAGGUAUCGCCUACCUUAUAUCAGUGUAUAAGUGGUAUAUAAGUGGCCUGAGAUUGCGCCGUUUGAUUAACGAUAAAAGUUUGAGCGUGUGUGGUUUGAGUGGGAGACUGGAUUUUUUAUUGAGUUUGAAUGAAUUUUUUAUGUGAACGGGUGCGUGCUCAAAUAUUGUCGGCUUUGCUACUUCCUCGUAAUUUUUGUUCCGAGACUUAUUAGUGUUCAUUGUCUUACCUGGAAUUUUUUUGUUAUAAUAUUUUCAUUGUAAGGCAGAAUGAGAUAAACCUAUGAAAAUUUUCAAAGAUUCUUCUGAAGCAGCUGCAACUGCUGCUGGGCACUUCUUGAAUUUACUUUGUUUUCGCUUGACUUCUUUAGUCCCCGUUGCCGAAAAACAGUCUUGAAUCAUUUUCAAUAGUUGAAAGGACGGUGAUUCAAUGUUUUGGACGGUGAUUGGGACAACUUACGGCCUCUUAGCCCACAUUCUAUUCAGUACUAAGUUGAAUUAUACUGACAAAGACGGCAAAAACCAUGUGUUUUGCUGUCUUUCUAUAUUUCAGUUUUUGAAACCAGAAAUUCUAUAAGCUUCGACUGAUAUUGCGUUUAUUUGAAAGGGUUUUGUUUGAGUGUAUUUUGAGAGUUGGAUGCACAGCUAAAAACAUAGCUGCUUUCCUUAAACAGCACAUAAAAGGAUUGCUGCUGCUGCCUUGGUAACUAAGCAGUUGGUAAAUUUCCUUAAAUAAUCGAAAAUACGUUUGACAAAUAUCGAUAAUGGAGGCAAGGAAACAUCGGAAGAAGCAAGAGGCAGUGAACCUUCUAGCCUCCUCGGGCGGAUGCAAUUAUUCCCCCGCGCUUACCCACACGUUUUUGUUGACAUAAAGCAGCUAUUUUUGGAAAACUGCUUCCUAUGAAUUGUUUUUGCUGAUAAAACAACGUUGUUUUGAUUCUCGUUUUUUUUUUCAUGACUUCCCUUUUGCACUCUUUCAAUCUACCUUUUUAACAGGCGUUUUCAAUAUUCUCAUUUGAAGCUACUUAUUAUUAUUUUUUCAGUUUCCCUCUUUCCUAGAAAAAGCGUUGGCUGAGUCUGCAGGUGCUGAAGACGGCUUGCAUAUUGGGUAAAAUGGUUGUCUAAUUUGUUCGUUAAUUUGGUUUAAAUUCGAGUUAUUCUCAUUAUUAAAUUGGUUUCUGCCAUUAAUGUGUAACAUUUUUAAGUGAUUCCAUUAGGUCUGCUAGUGACUGAAAAAGUGAACCAAAAAGAUUUAACGUUAUCCGCUGCAGCUGCAGGGAGUUUGCUUGAAUCAAUUAUGGUAAAUCCCUCUGUCGAUUAAUUCCGUUUAAGCUAGGUGACAUUGAUUUUUCUUUGAUGCAACCAGAAUUUUAGUUGAACUCAAUUUAUGAAAUUUGACAUUUCGAAAAAAAAAUUCUGUUAAUUUCAAGCGAGUAUUACUUGCAGAACAGCGCUCAAAGAACAGUAUUGUUUUCAGUUCAUUUCAGUUUCGGAAAUUACAGAUUGCUUUUCGGCUUUAUUGCCAUACUUGUGUUCAAUUUAAAAAAAUCAGAUGAGUUUUUUUAAACGAUGAAGGUUGAAGAAAUUGAGUCUGCGACUUCUAGCAAUCCUUUUUUAAACGGAGGGAGUACUGCAAACUCGAAAAGUAACACUGACUCGUCACAGUCUACAAGUAUUAAGUGGCCGGUACCUUCUCCUUGUGAGCCUCAUGCAAACAGUGACCACAAAAUGAAAUCAGAAGUGAAUCUUACUCCGCAUGAAACAACUAACAACAGUGAAACUACUGUAAGCGUUGUUAACGGUGGUAGUGUUAGUGUAGCAAUGGUUCGUCAAGAUAGAAGCAUUAUUUCAGAAGAUAGUUAUCAAAACUUGAAUGGCGACGCGGAUGAUGACGAACAUGAGGAAGGUCCAAUUAGCCCGCAAACUUGUCAUAACACGAUGCUCUUGGCAGAGUGCAGCUUGUCAGCCAUUACACAGUUGCUCGUCACCAGGAGCGAAUCAGGCAUUUUCUACACGAAUGUUGGAAAUGAAGUCCUGGUUUGCACAUUGCCAUCCGCGUCCAGCUCACACCUUGAAAAACGAAUCGAAGAAUCAGCUUCAAAUAAAUCGCCUGAACAAACGAAGAAAUCAAACGACAAAUUCUCUAAAUUCGAAGACAAAUACCUGUUCGAGUCUCCGGCACAUCCACAUGCAAUUUGCGAACAAGCUCUGGGAAACUUGAGGCGACAUUUUAAACACACUACAGUUAGUUUCUAUGGAUCAUCUCAUCGUGGCCGAGAACUGGCCAUAAAUGACUUCUAUGAAUAUUUAUUCACACAUGCCAACAAGUUCAACCGAUCUGACUCAGAGCUGAUGCUGCUUAAGAUAGAGUCUUGUCUGAAAGUACUUGACCUUUUCAAAAACACCCGUAAUAGUAGGAACGAGGAAAUAAGUAACGCGCUCACAGACUUGGAGCUUAUUUUCGAUGCUACCUGCAGUCCAAUUGGAGCGAAGAUCAACAGUCUGUUGAUCGGGUCUUGGAAGAGUUCGAACGAGGCCACAAUGGACGUGGAGACCAACUUCCUGGUGUUUUAUUUUGUGUUGGAAAAUUGUGAGAAGAUGAGAUGGGACGACUCGAGUUUGGAAGCUGAUUUUGACAAGUUCAAGUUGACGGCGUUGUCUAACAAGCACUCAUCCAAUAUCAACUUGUUGGCUGACACUUGUCAGCAUGCUGAACUUGUUCACUGCCUACAUACAAUUGGUCUCCGUGACCGUGAAAUUGACCAAUUGUGGAGUGUGAUCGCGGCUCUCAUUCUGUUGGGGCAGGUGGACUUUGAGCUGGAUGAGUUCCAGAAGUCCAAACCCACAGACUCUGCCAUCAUAGCCUCCAUAGCCGAGUUCCUCUGUUUGAAGCCGGAACAAGUCAACAGAUUUCUCUGUUACAGGGUCGAAAGUGGCUUAGAAAGGAACGAAGUGCACUUGACCGUUGAGCAAGCUCGUGAGGAGCUGCCAAACACGAUCGAGUGUCUGUAUGAGAAGACGUUCACGUGGGUGGUGGAAAAGUUCAACAGCUGCCUGUCUGUGAAGAUGCCCAGAGCGGAGUUUGGAGCACUUGUCACCCUCAAUGUUAUUGACUGUCCUGCCUUUAAAGACCGAGACGUGAAUGGACUGGCGGAAUUGUGUGCGAACUACUGCAAUGAAGCCAUGCACUUGCAGUUCCUACAGAGCACAGUUGCCAAGAACCAACACCUCUACGAGAAGGACGGACUAGAGUGGCAGCCAAUCAGAUUUGAGAGCAACCGUGCCACGGUAGAUCUGAUUGGACAGCCGUUCAAGGGCAUGCUCUCCAUACUGGACGAAGGAAACAUAGCUGCUGGUUUUGUGACCGACCGCUCCUUCUACAGGUCUGUGAAGGCGAAGUUAAGUGACAACAAGUUUUUCCUCAACCACACUCCUCACAACACACGACACUGCACUUUCAAGAUCAAACACAGCUGGGGACAAGUGUUGUACACAGUGGAUGGUUUUCUGCACCAUAAUUCUGCUAAGCAUCAACCAGACCUGAAAGACAUUCUGUUAAAUUCAUCGCAGAACUUCGUUGCCAGAGAGAGUUUCGAACUGAGUUCAUUUGGGAACCUGCUGAAAGUGGACUACUUUCGAUCUGUCAUGUCCCCUAUGACCAAAUCGACCAUGGGCCAGGAGAGGUAUAAGACUAAUGCAUUGAUGGACACUUUGGCUUCGAAGCUCAAGUUGUUCACUAAUCAGAUCUGCAAAUCGAUUGACAGUAAGGACUCCUACUUCGUAUGCUGCUUUGAUCCCAGGAUAUCCCAGUCGAACAGUUCAGACCAAUUCGAGAGCAUGGCGGACGUGGCUGCGAGAGCGUGUCUAGAGGAGAUCACUCUCAAGUGCCAGAAGGGAUUCAUUCUCAGCAUGCCUCUGGACUCAUUCCUCGCUAGAUACAAGAUGCUCACACAGUACACCUGGCCCAACUUCAGGGGCAAAGGAAAUCUAGAGGCUAUCAAGGUAAUGUUGCAUCUGCUUGGCCUGGUUGAGAACUGCAAGUUUGGCAAAGAGAUGAUCCACAUUCAUACGAUGGAGGCCUACUCUCAGCUGGAAACGAUGCGAGAGACCCUGGUAGUUGCCAUCGUGCGUCUCAUCCAGAAAAUGUGGCGAGGCUCUCUUGCCCGCCAAAGAUACCGACUGUUCUAUGCCAUGUUCAGAAUAGUGAGGAAGUUUAGAGCCUGGAAGUUCAAGAUGUAUCUGCAGAGUUUGGUGAAGGACUUUGGAGCUGUUAGAGACAUGAGGGACUACGGGAAGACUUUGAGGUGGCCGGUGGCUCCCUUUGCGCUGAAUAAGUUCCACUCCAAGUUGCAGCACACAUUUCUGCGAUGGCGGCUGCGACAGAGGCUGAACUCUGUGCCGGAGGAAGAGUGGAGUGAGAUCAAGUUGAAGAUUGUGGCCAUGGAGGUCCUCUCCCCCAUCCGCAUUGACCUCGCCCUCAACAGACGCUGGCAGGCCAACUACCUCGGUCUGCCGACGGAACACGACGAGGCUUUGCGUUACUUGUCUGCAGCCAGUGAGGUUCUGAAAAGUGACAUGUCCACUGAGAUUCUGUUCUCCUGUCUGGCCAGGAAAGUGAGCAAGAGAGGCAAAGCACCCAUCAGAGCAUUCCUCUUCACAGACCACUACAUCUACAAGUUCGACCACAAGGACCACUUCAAAUUGAAGAAGAGCUGGGACCUUAAACAGGUAUGUGGGAUCUCCAUCACACGUGGGCCGGACCAGCUCAUAGCUCUACACACAAAGAACCUGUGCGACAUCGUGUUGUGUCUUUACGACUGCAAACUGGAGAACAGAAUCCCGGAACUGGUGGCCCACUUGUGCACUGCAUUCAGAAAGGCAGAGAAGGAAAACAAUCAGCCGCAUGAGUUGAAGGUCUCCAUCGAUCCCAACAUUAAAGGCGUCAAGUGCAUGUUGAAUGAAGUGACGUACCAAGUGCUGGUAGCAAGAACUGAUGACUCGAAGCCCAGCUUCUACAAAGAACAUGGAAAAAGACAAUGGACUCUUUUUUGGCCAGCAUCAGCGGACUGAGUUGAAGUUCCUUGCCUUGUGAUAGCGGAUAAAUAGUUUUAAUCCACUUGCUCUAGUUUGUAAUGGUCUCUUCUUUAUUCAACCCAAACGCUUCUGCCGUCUACAUUUUCCCAAUGCUGAUGUAGCUAUUUGAUCUCAUGAAAUGAUGAUUGUUAAACUUUCAGUUCAAAU